UCUUAUAAUAUACUGUACUCAGGGGCUCUGUUGAAGAAAGAAGGAAAAAAGCAAAGGUGGUGAAUGAAUGAUUUAGGAGACAUUUUUGGAUAUAAUUUCUGGAAGCAGUUUUACCGACGAUUGUCAGUUUUUGGCUGUUACAUCUACAUUAAAUGGUACAUGAAACUUAGAGCGUAAAUGACAAACAAUUACAACUGCAACACGUAUAGACAAACGCUAAAAAGACAUUUAAAUCACCAUUGGAGAACAUCAGUCAACCUGGAAACCAGUGGACAACUUGUUUAAAAAUGAAGAAAUAUAUUUGAUUUUUAAGGAACACUUCUCAAGGAUAAUAAUUCUUCGCGGAUGUCACCAUAGACAGCAAUUAUCUGGGUACAAACGAAAGUUUUCAAAUAAAUUGCAGCAAAGAUGUUUGAACGCUUCCAGGACACCUAUGGAAAACGGGAGCUCUGGGAAAAUAUCGGGCAACAUGAUGGCUUAUAAAUGUAGUAGGGAGGCAGAGGAAAGGGGCUUGCAGACUGGCUACCAAGAAAUCGAAGGUAUCAGUCUGGGGUACUUAAGAGUGGAUGGCAGACAGAUGUUUGCACUUGCUCAAGUUGUGAGCGACCUCUUUAAGGACAUUCCGCGAGCCACUGUAAACAAAAAGAUGGAGAUACUGCAAAUCAAAAGCCGUCGUUGCGACCUAAAAGAGCUGCGAAGUCUCAAGGCUAUUAACUCCGUGCCCAGCCGCGCUGUGAAGUGUUCCCUAAUCUCCAAGGAAGACCUAGAGAUUUUGUGCAUGUCUUGCAGAGCUCUGAGUCCCAACAGGAGAAAGAGAAAAAAGAAGUAUCGGAGGAGGGUAUUGCAGACUGCCGAUUUCUUCUAUACCAGCCUUUACAAGAAACCCAGGGAACUGCUGGCAAGGACCUCUGAGCUGGCAGCGCUUUAUGCGCAAACUUCGUCUUUGCACCCCAAACCAUCUCUAAAUUGUGCUAAAUUCUGCUCGUCUACAACCAGCUUACCCCCGGUUCCAGUUAGCAGGAAUAUGCUAAACUAUGAAAAAAAUGGAAAAGGAACAAAUGGGUACAAUCUGGAAGGGAGAGUUGAUUUUUUUACCAGUAUGGCUAGUAGCUACCCGAGAACACAUCUAUCUCCAGUAGGUGGCCACGGGGCAAGCAACCCAACCCAGUCUAUUCAACAGUUUCAGAAUAAGAAACAUGACCAAUGCACUGACCACAGGGCUGUACAAGGCUUCUUCAAAGAUCACAAACCUCCACUGAGGUGUCACAUUCAGAAAACUGUUGUUAGAAAGAAGAAACACAACAGUCUUCGCGUGCUAAAAAAAGCGCAGGGCACAUCAGCAGGUUAUUCCAGCGACUCCAACUCCAGUCUGGACUUUGACAAAGAUUCGGAUUUCAGGUCCAACGGGUCCAGUUCUACUGAGUCAUCGGAUGAGGAUAAUGGAGAAGAAGGUAUAUCAUCUUCAGCGGGCUGCAGCUCCAGCGACUCGGACAGUAGUUCUCUGUGCAGCGGUGACUCUGUGCAGAGUACAAGGUUUCGACAAGCUAUACUGGCCAGCCUCGGUUCCAGGCUCGGGACUUCUAAAGACACGUCAGGAUCAACGCAUGAAAGGCUAUCUGGCCCUAGCCACACUAGAACAACCCAAAUAGCCGCACAGAACCACCUUCCGCUCCAAUCCCUUCAAGUCGAGUCCAAAUUCCCGCAGGACACUCAACAUGAGUGGAAUUCUCCGCCGGCAUCCAACUUAGAUUCGUUUGAGCAGACACAAAGAAAGGGGGAGGAAAAUGCCGAAUUCGGACAUUUAGGAAGCUUAACACAUGCAGAGGCAACACCAACAAAGAGUACUAUCCCUGUUGAUUUACAGAUGUGCACAGACAGGGCUGCGUUACCCAAAGAACCACCUUCUCAAACUCUCAGGAAAGAUGCUGAGGGUCCAGUUCCAGACUGUGCAGAUAGAACCUCUUUGCACUGUGAUGAUCCAGCCGUUACAGACACUCCAUGUUUCAGUAGUCUGUCUCAGGACACAGCGCCAUCUUCCUCUCCGAUUCAAACUCCUGCUGCACACCCAGACGAGGUGGCCCCUGAGGCCGACCGUGGAACAACAACCCAAUCAUGCUGCCCUGACACCACAUUGGGGCCCCCUGAAGGGGGCUUGGAGGAUCCCAGGAGGGAAAAUUUUGACCGACUUAUAAGGCAGUCCAAACUGUGGUGUUAUGCCAAAGGUUUCAACGUGGACGGAAAAGACCUAAGGCUUGGAAUACCUAAGACUAGUAAGGAUUAUUAUGAUUGCGUGGACACCAAGUCAUCUGGCCAGAAACGGACCCGGAGGCGAUCUUCCUCAUUAGGCAAUGGAAUGAAAGGUAACUCUAAAAGAAGACGGCGUUCAAGCAAUAGCAAGACAGACAGGCAACAAAGCGGUACGGCAUCGAAUUCCCAGAAAAGUAGGGGGAGAAAGGCCGGAACUACAGCAACUAAUAAUUGCAAACGGGUACGCAGCAGCAUCAGUGCUCAGUCAUCAGGCACGAACCCGCAUUCUUUCCGGUUAAUGGCUCAUUUUCCCUGCCCCCCUUCUUUGGUAGUUGGGGAGGACGGAGACCUUCAACCAGCUUGUUCUCUGGUGACAGACCGGACUAAACAGUUUCCUGUUUCCCCAUUCCACCCCGUGUGGUACUGGCAAAUGGGAGCCACAGUACCCUUGGGGCUUCACAGUUUUGGAUUCCAUGGUUAUAAAUCAGGAAACUCAUAAUGGAUCUCGGUUUUGGUUUAUAUUACUUCACGCAGUCGUAACUUCUGUAGACUACGUAAACGUAAUCUUUACAUUGGGGGUUGUGUUGUAUUUUAUGGACCUACUGGCGUAAGAAAGCCACCCGUAAUCUUAAUAUUAUUUGCACCUGACCAACAAACAAUGCAAAUGGGAGAAAUAACCACACUGCCAAAAUUUUAACAGAGUGGAAACCAUGUCACCCAUUUAUUCCCACUCUGUAUUCGUAAUCCUAACUAAUCAUGUUUUGAUCUAACACACCUAGAUUGAAAUCCCUCUCAUUCCGUUUUAAGCUGUCAAGUGGUUCAUGUCGGCUGUAUAGCUUCAAUGUAGCUCUUCUAGUUAAAGGAAGUCCGCAUUUAAUACGUUUUCUGUAGAAGCAGUUAUAACUGCUGACUUAGGUUUUUCAGUUCAUGGGCAUUGGCAGGAUGUGGAAAAGCAGUGACAAAAAUAAACUGUUUUGAGAGCACCACAAAAUACAAUCAGAAGUAAUUAAUUGCAAGUAUUUUCAUAACCUAAGCGCCAAGUAAAGGCCGGACCUUUGGGUUGCUACAUGACCACUGCUGUAUCCAUCUUCGUUAAGCAUUUGUUGAAAUGCGCAGGUAUUUCUGUAUUUGUUACGAAAGUGAGACGUGCUCUUCUUUUGAUAUUGUUUUAACAUAAUUUAUCCAUGGUCGUAGGAACUGCUGGUUCUGUUGUGUGUGUGGGUGUUGGUGUGGGUGGGUGUCGGGGUGCUGUCACACAGGAUUUCAAAGCAACACUUGUCACUGUACCGAAAAGUCGGAAUUUGCCACCGAUUAUGGAAAACUUUAAUAUAUUGGUAAAAAAACAGGUGCCAGUGUGCAGAAUGCAUCUCAAAGCGACAUAAAUUAAGAUGUACACUACCGCAGCGUUGCUGUAUAUAGUUUUUUUUUUAAAUUUAUUAUUAUUAUUCAUAUUGUUUUUCACACAUAAUUACUUGAAUAUUAAAGGGCUGUCAAGUUUUCUGAAUGUAAAGUGAUCAUUUUCAUUAAGGUUUCAGAAUAAUGUUUGCACUGUCAACGGGACCCAUCAAUCAUGGGUCACGGAAUGGACUUGUGGGGAGGAAUACCUAUUCCACAGUAUCGAUUUCCUGAUGACACGGGUACACAUAUGACCACACUUUUGAGAAAAAUAACAUACCUUUUCUUGCUACUGCGCAUCUGGUGGGUUAAUACACUUCAAUAUCACCCCUUUCAGAAAUUACAUGGAGCUGUUAGCGUUUAAUAGUUUGUAAA